AAGGCCAAACUUAUUCCUUUCUGGUGUCUACCAGUAUCGCUUCAAGCGUACGCUGCUCUCUAUUUCUUUGGGAGCACUAGAAAUUGACAAACGGUUACUUUCAACCGGGAAGCUUUCGGCUUUCAAUCAGCUGCAGGUACUCAUUCAAUUACUUUCAAUAGGAGAGGCUUUCUCUCACAGUCUCUCAUAUGGCUUUUGAGAGCGACUUCGAACCACAAGAGAGAACUUUAACGUGGAACACUAGUAAACAUCGUUAUAGCUUAUUAAUUUUUGUAGUCAAAGUUGAAGAGAGUAAAUAAAAUAAACUAAAUUUUUAAAACUCACAUGACAUAAGAGAAGAUUAAAAUUAUUAAAACUAAAAAAUAGCUGUGAUUGCAACACAUUAUUUUUUAAAGUGUAGCAAAAGUUUUCGUUUCAAUUGAGCGCUGCGAGCUUCCAAGUUGGUUACUCUGUGUGGAGUUGGUUCGUUUGGUCGCGUCGGUUGAAGGAGUCGGUUGUUCGUUUUGAUGCGCUUAAGUAACGGUAAACGCGGACGCCAUCGCCUGAUUUACUGUUAUUUUCACUCGGGACGUGCACCUCUGUUUAUGUGUGUUGGAGAUUGCCUGUAUCCGUGUAUGUGUGGGAGGAAAACAAAUAGCAAUACGAAAAAGAAAAUAAUAGAGCAGGAAUUCCGCAAAAAAAGGGGGUGGCGACCAUCCUACUUUUCUGCGCCCGAUGCCACAGUAACCACCCCCUAAAAAUAACAAAAACAAGGACUGGAGAAUAAAAGAGGAAAAUAAAAAAUACAUUCACAUAUGAACCGUUAACUGCGCCAUUCACAAUUCGCAACAACAAAUUGAAAAUAGCCAAAGCAAAACAGUUGAAUUGUAUGUGUAUGAGAAAGAGCACAAAAUCAACAAAAAAAUAUUAAAAAAAAAAUGAGUUGGUGAAAAAAAUGUUGGUGAUUUUCAAAGAGAAAGCCAGUCAAAGGUUGUUGUAAUAAAAGCCAGCCGAAAUGAAGGAGUGGAAAAUAGUAGAGGACAUCAAGAGUAUAACAACAAAAUAUUUAAUUGAUCCCUUAAGAUAACAAAAAAAACCGUUGAAUACCAAAAAAAUAACAUUUUCAAGGAUAUUCUUUACAUAUAAUCCAAGUGAAGUGAAAAGUAAUAGUUUGUCAAAAAUAAAAGCUUGCGAACUCAUUGAAACUGCAGUCGAACUCUUUAAACUAAUAAGCUAGUGUUACCAAAAGUUGACAAAUUAAACAAUCGAAUCAUGGCUAAAAACCGCUUGGGAAUCAUAUGAAGCCUUUCCGCCGCUGGAUUGCAUAAUCCGUCGAGGGCGUGGCUUAGUAUCAAAUACUCAACGACACAAUGUCCACAACAGCAGCUGGGCUAAAUCCGGGACCCAAAGGAGCCAACGGAGUCAGGACAGAGACGGAUCAUAUCAUACUCAUCAGCACUGCCAGCCUGACGGAGUCGCACAGUGAGGAGCCCGUAAAGGGAGUACCAACAUCGGCCAGUACACCCCAGUCCCCGAGACGUGGAAUCCCUCAAGAAACAACAACCUCUGGUGACCAGAUUGAGCCAAAGAAAAGUUCCAUCCACUUAUGCUGGAUAUCGCAGCUGGUAAGCUACCAGAAUAACAUUGCCGAUGUUCAGCAUCGAAAAGGAAGACGUCUUCACGGACUGCAGCUGCCACUUCAUCCUCUUCAGCUUUUUGGCUGGCUGGUGCUCCUUCUAUUUGGAGUGGCCAGUUAUUGGGUGCUAAUUCCAGCGUUUCAUUCUCGGAUCCAAGGGCCUCUGUACGGACUGAUUACAGGCCUUUACCUGGUCCACAUAGUCUCCCACUUGACCGCUUUGCUAACGGAUCCAGCGGACAAGGAGUUGCGACGAGUGCAUCGCAACGACCGAAUCGUCCCGGAAUUUGACAGGACAAGGCACAGUCACGUGAUCGAAAACGGCCGGUGUCAUUUGUGCAACAUCCGGACCUCCUCCUCCCGCACCAAACAUUGCUCUGUGUGCAACAAGUGCGUUGGAAAGUUCGAUCACCACUGCAAGUGGCUAAACCACUGUAUUGGAUCGCGCAACUAUGUGGCCUUCUUGAUGUGCGUGGUCAGCGCAGUGGUGGCCACCCUGGUCAUCGUGGCCGCCGUGGUGGCCCAGAUUGCCUUCUACUACGUCCAGCCAGAGUGGUUGAGCUUUUACUGGUGUCCUACGGAGUCGAUCCGCCCCAUGGAGGGCCAUGACUACAUAAACAUCACCCUUAGCUUAGCCAAUGGCACCAUGAUGAUAAUCGAGCAGCAACCAGCGGAGGAGGUAGAGCGUCAAGAAGAACUGGACGAAGAGCUGGCAAAUAUGACUAUAUCCACACUACCUACUCUCUUGGAGAACUUUACAGCCCUGAUUGAAGGUAGUACAAUGCAGCCUGGGAUUAGCCUUACUAAUCACACCGCCAUGACGCCUGCCGUAGGCGGCAUCGGAUUUAACGAGACAAUUUUCCUGUUUCUUUUGGGAGUCUUGGGACUGCUCGCCGCCGUGAGUGCAGGCUUGCUACUCCACCUGUGCUUCUUUCACAUAUAUAUCUCCUUUUUGGGACUGACCACCUAUGAGUACAUCAGAAACCAUCGGCAGGCUCAGGAGGCCAAGAACAAGCAGCUCCUCGAGGGAGCUUCCAGUGUGGGACCGGCCAAAAAUGGUAACGUUCACUUCUCGGCUUCUGCGACCGAGCCACACAAUCCGUCCAAGUCGAUGACAGGGGGUCGGCAACUCUACUGCUGCUCCAGUGCACCACAUCCCAGCCAACAGUCACAGGAAGUGGUGGGUCAGACAGAGCAAUCUCUUCGGUUGCAUUGUUGUGCCAGCUCCAGAGAGUUUUACCAGAGCAGGCAGUCCAUCUACAUGUGCUCCCUGCUGGAGGAGAAAACACCGCAAAUUCAAGUGGAACAGGAUUCGCUCAGUAGCUUCCAUUGUUGUUCCAGCUAUGCAGCUAGUUCCUUACAGCGCAGGGUCAGCUUGGCUAAAGGCUCUCUGAUCUCGGCAGAACCGCGUCCCCAGAGACCAGCCACUUAUCUGCAGUACACCGAACAGUGUGCCAUCUGCACUUUCCGACUGAGAAGAGGAUCCCGGUCGGGAGCGGGAUCCUCGGGAGCUGUGAGCAGCGCUGGAGGAAGUAGCAGCACUCGCACCUUAACCAGUCAAACCGGGGGCUCCUCCUCCUCGGCAACGACAGCUGGGAAUAUUUCCAAGCCCCAGCGUUGGCGAAGGAAGUGGAACUGUUGCGCCUCAGUCCCAGAUAGCCCCGAUGUGCCCAAUGAUCUCCUUGUGGCAUUAGCGUUUCGCGAACAUGAAGAAGCAACAGCCGCGGCCAAACUUAAUGCCCAAGAGCUGCCCAUUCAGUUUAUACGUACCCUGAACGGCGGCCUGGAACAGGAUCUCCCUCUGAAAACAACAACUGCUACUCCCACGCCACCUAGAAGCUCUCGACUUCGACACAUGCUGCGUUUGCUGGGACGGUAUCGGAGAUCACGCUGUCGCCAUGCCCAUCAUGGAAUCGCAGCCAAAGACCAUCAGAACCAUGGUGGCUCUGGCAUAAAGCAGAAUCAGAUUCGUCCACUGCAAGUGCAGGCAGCUGGGCGUGGCUAUGCCAACUCCACAGCCACUCCUACUCCGCCGGCAAGCUCCCCGAGUAGAAGUUCCUUGGAUAGCAGCGAACUGAGCACUAGCACGAGUCCAUCUUGCGGCAAAAAGGAGCUAAUGCUGCUGCCCACAUCAGUGAUAAGGGACGACAGCGUGACUACCUAUACGCUGACCUUGCCGCCCGCCCUACCUCCUCCGACGAGGAGGAAAAUGAACCAAACUACUCAGGAGCUGGCGGAAUUGGCUGAGACCCUGGGAUUUUCCAGCAAUCCGCAUCACAAUCAGCAAUUCAGCCAGACAAACAGCAGAACGUUGCCCAGUUUGGGAAAUGUUUAUCGCCGGCAGAGGCGUAAGCACUUUUUGCGGACCCGAUCGCCGACACUGUCGCCCAUCCACGAGUCCGGCCUUUCGAAUCCAACAUCGCCGCAGCCCUUGAGACACCACCACCAGAACCUAGCCAACUCGAACUCCAAUCCGGCCAAAGCUACAUCCUCGCCUCUGCUUAACCGCAACUCAGGACCUGGAAACUCCUCAGUUCUCUUGGUUCAGAAUCUGUGCAGCUUGGCAGGAGAAACGCUUAGGAAAACCGCAUCCAACAGCUCGUUGCAGAGCCUCAGCUCCAAUUCGAGCAGCACCUAGAAAUUAGUUUACUGAUGGUUUCUGUGUAGUCCUUAGGUUAGUUUUAGCCUUAGCCGUAGUCCAACGCAUCCCAGCCAACAUUGUUGCAGUCCGGUAAACCAAUUAAUCCGCAGAUAAGCAUUAAAGGUCAUAAUUUAAAUCAAAAUGGCACUUGAAAAAGUGGGAGUGAAUUGGGUGGUGAGCUGCCAGAGCCAGUGAAAGAUAUUCCCUUCGAUGCGAUACGGUUUUUGGCAAAAGUCAAUUACCGCUUUUGAUCGGGUCAUUAUUUAAAAUUUUGGGUAGUAGAAAAGUCGGUCAUGGAAAGGUAACAUGAAGAUGGUGGAAUAGACUUGAUUUAAUGCAGUUUUGUUUUACUUUGUUUUUUUAUUCUUGAUAUCUUUCAAAUUCUAGUAACAAGGAAAUCCCGUCGUUCUAUCUGAAGCUCUUUAGUUGACAUCGUUAGUUUUUAGCUGCAGUGAGCUGUUUCCUUUAUUUGGCAUCUUUUGUAUGACUUUGCAGUUGAAUUGAUAAAAUAAGCAACAGCAUGUGCUGAACAGCUGGAGUGACUUUUCCCCAAAGCUUACCAGUUUUUCCCGCUCCCACCCCUUUGCUGGUAUUGAUUUUCAGUUUGGAAAAUGUGUAAGCAAAGGCGUCGUGUGAUUACGUAUUGUAUCUGCAGCUGAAGAUUUGUCUGUAUCUGAAUCCCUGUAGCCGUGUAUUUGGCGUCAUCCAGCAGCCAAAAAGGACAGAAAAUGACGAGGACACAACUGCAGCAUGCUGCCAAAUGGUUACGCAAAUGUUUUCCUUCGAUUUAAAUUCAAAUGUUCAAAUGCAGGGGUAAGCCCUGCCAACUGCCGAUGGCAAUUGUCAUGGGCCCUAAACUUGAUGUUGACGACUGCCUCUGGACCCAUUAAGUAUGCCCAAACUGAAUAAUUAAGGCGACACAAGUCAGGAAAACACGGCCUCUACAACAGAGAAAGGGAAAUGCGUCAAACGCGGGUUUGUUUUGAGUUCACCUUCUGCCGCUCAUCCUCGCCAGUUCACAGUCGGGCAGUCAUCGAGGCUAAAAAGCACUGAUUCGUAUAUGGAUAGACAGCCAUAACGACUACGCACAUGACACUCCGGGUUUCAGGAGGUGGUGUUGCUUUCUAUCACCCCCCGAAAGGCGGUCGUUCUUGUUAUUGAAACUGACAGCAAAGUGACGAAGUGAGAGUGGGUAGCUGGAAAAAGAUUCGCUAGAGGCAGGAGGUUGAGUGUGAUUAGUUCUUCUCUUAUUGACCAUUCUAAAUCAAUUUAUGUUAACCCCAACCCGUUAUUCCAUUAAUUUAAUAGAAAAUCCCUUUGAGCCGAUAAUAGGUAAACAUUAAAAAUCUUCAUAUGUCGAGUAUGGUGAUUCAGUAAUACUUUUCAUAGUCUUUCUGCUGGCUUUCCUAUUAAUUAACUUCACUUAUAGGGCAUUUCACUAGUAUUUAGAUCACCCUGUCGGCAAAUUGAGACCAAAAUAAAUGGCAAGUUAAUUAUAGAGACCCCAUUCUUAGCCACACACGCAAAUGAACUCGACUUGCCUGCACAUAUUUUUGCCUCACGGAGAUCCCAAUACAUGGAUACGGCUUUAGAGCAGGGAACAAGCGGGCGGGAACUGUCAUUGAAUCGGUAGAUAUCAAAAAAGACACGACUUCCGGCGGUCUGACAUGCAUUUUUGCAGUUUUGCAGGUUGCUUCGGUUCGAGCUCAGUUCGUUCUCAGUGACAAGAGACAGACGACUGGUAAAUGAAUGAAAAUACCAUAACGCAACAACUAUAAAUGGAUUUUCAAUGCAGACUUCGCUGCUCUGACAGCUGGAGCAACAAUUUUCCUGCCUUAUUUUCUUUUUUCACUUCCGCAAGCAAAACACGCUGCAUACUUCUAAGGGAGCUUCUGUGGUUCCGUAUCUGUGUUUGUUGGUGUGAAGGUGUUAGUGCUCGUGAGUGUGAAAUUUUUAGUUCUUUCUGAAGAUUUCCCAUCAGCUUCAACUCAAUUAGAUAAUAAAAUCCUUCCCUCCAGAAAAUAAAAACUAAAUUAAAGUUCGUUUCUAGCAUUUUGUUACUUUCUAUUCAGUAUUUUACUCUUUUGCCGAGCUGCCCCUUAUUCAUAAUGAAUAUAUCCAUACGGUUGCCUGACCACACAGUCGCACUUCAGAAGGAGACACCUGGAGGAUAUCUGUAGAUCUGCGGAAUGAAUGUUUUUCUACGGAGGGGACACUACAAGAUAAAAUCAACUGAAAUGGCGGAUGUGUGCUUGCGUAUUUAUUUGUAUAAAAUAUAUUCGACUUUAAUUGCAUGUUCGUGUCAUGUCCUCCUGCUUCUGGCCUAUGACCACGCCCCCAAGAAUGGAUAGGAAAAACUGCCAGGCAACGCCCUCGAAUUUCCAGUUCGACUCCCGCCUGCGGAGUUUGUUUACGAGACAUAAAGCAGACAUAUUCCGUGAAAAAGAGGGGGCGAGUGUCGGGGAACUGGGGCUUCUCCCACUUGACUGACUUUCCCUAUGGCAACAAAUGCAACACUCUUUUUGCUUCUGUUGUCGUUGUUGUCCUGGUUAUGGCCGUGCAUCAAUUAUAAAACAUUUUCUUGUUGCCGUUUCAAUACUUCUGUGGCAUGCAAGCCCAUAUUGUUCUGCAUUUAUAGCUGAAAGGUGGAGAAACACUGGAAUUAAAAAUUUAUAAAAAUUAUAACCUUGUUUAGUUUAAAGUUAUUAUUUUAACGUGAAUACCAUUCUAUUUCGUACACCCCAUUGUAACCGUGUAAAAUCAAAAUUAUCUUGGAAAAUUUGUUUAAUUUUUCAGGUUGCCCUGGGGGAAACGUUACUAACUACAUUUAUAUGCAAACGAAUCAAGAUUGAUUGGGCCUGAAUUGGGUGCGAUGUCUCAUCAGUCCAGAUUGUUGCUUUCGCCUCCACCUGCUCCACUCCCUUUCCGGGCUGUUGUUACAAAUGGAAGUUAACUUACCUCUAAGUCUCCCACCCCAACUGGCCUAACCCACUCCUUUUGUUUAGCCCUGCGCCCUGCAAUGACAUUCUCAGUUGCUUUUCUUUCCAUUUUCGUUGGUUCAACGAACUUCUGACUCUCGAGUCUUUUGUUGAAUUCUCAGUCAGGUGGAAUAUUCAGGAAAGACAGACAUAGGUGAAUCCGAACGUCUACCCCCCUACCCCCUAAUAUGCUUUUCAAUUUAGUUAAUGACUUUUCUGAUAGACCCUUGAACCGAUUUGUGGGUAGGCUCUCUGGUGUUACAAAAAUUUAGAGAGAAAAUAUUAACAAAGCGUAUGAGACUGGAAACGUGGGGGUAUAAAAUUCAAAUAAGAAUGUAGAAAAGCAAAAGAAAGAUUGAAAAAGAAAACAAUAAUUAUUAAUUUAGCCCAGCCAAUUAAGUGUGAAACCAAUGUCAUGACUAGACAACAAUAAAAAAUCUAUUUUGAUAAAAUGUGCAGUUCGUAAGGCCUUUAUAAGCAAAAUGAAUAAAGAUAUUUAAAAUAAAAAUAAAUGGAAAGCCCAAAUAAGUGUGCUAUAGUAACGUGUUGAGAACAGACAACUUGGGGCUAUGCUUUGUACCAUUAAUAUACUAACAAAAGAAAGUUGCUUUAAGCUAAACAAUUUAAUAUUGAUUUUAGUUUCGUUUGAUAUUUUUGCUAGUAUUAUAUGUACUCCGCCCCCUAGAAGUUAAGUGACUUGUGAAUCGCUCUCAUGACAACGACAGAAAAGUGAAAUAAAAAGCCAAAGAAAAAACAACAAGUGGCAGCUA